GUGCUGACCAGCGAGGAGUACUUCGCACUCUUCAGGAUUGCACGCAACGUCCUCGAGCCCUUCAGGAUGAACGGUGGAACCCUGGAAGAAACCUUGGCCGAUCUGGCCACGACGGCCUUGUGCAGCAGCCGUCUGGGCAUGCUCCCGGACAUCGCAGUCUCUGGAGAGGAGGUGACAGUCAAGUUUCGCAGAGCCGAGUCGCUCUCCAGUGCACUGAGAGAGGGCCACAAGAUGCUUUUGGCGAGCAUACACGAGAUGCUACAGUACGUUCUCUACCUUCGAAGUGCUCCUGCGAAAGCGGCUGCUUUGCUGUCGACGGUCGAGGACGAACCGACCAAGAACGCCGUCCUGAAGGAGCUAGAGCAAGAGUGGCGACUGGUACUUGCUCUAGAAGACACCCCUCUUGGAGCAAGCCUCCUUCGGCAGCACUGCAGCUUUUGCUCCUUCCAGCAAUACAGAGAGGUGAUGACAAUGUACGAGAAGAGUGCCUGGAAGAUGACCGCAGAGACCGCGGCCCUGACGGCCUCUUGGUUCCCGCCGACGGCUUGGUCAGCAUCGCUCGAAUCCAUUUUCGGAGACCUUCAGGAUGCUGUGAAACGCUCUGGCCGCAGUGACUGCGGCUCACUCCCCAACCUUUUCGCGGUUGGGGUACGGUCUCUGCAGAACCGUCUUUGUGUGCAGGAUGGAUCCACCGCUCAGGUGAAGUUGCAGGCUGAUGAUUGGGCAGGAACACAAGCCCUCGGGGUGAAGCCGAAAGCCUUCAACCCUGCCUCUGCUCCCGCUUGCAAGAAUGUUGCGGUGGACAACAUCCUGAAGCCGUUUCCAAGCACGACCGCCUUCUUCCACAACCACCACUGCCUCAACUUCAUGCAGGGCAAGAACCCGGCACAGGAAGCAGCGAACUUCUGGGUCCAGGCCUGCUUCUCGUCUGGCAUGCUGCUGAAGUACUCCGGCAAGUUCUACUUGGCCACGGGCACCACGCCAGCCGUCCUCACCGCAUCUGCUGUCUGCUUGAAAGAGAUUCCCUAUGUCUUCAAGGGACCCCUCCCGGCGGCGACGGCCGACGAGACGCGAAUUCCUUGCCAUCCGGCCGACAACGGGGAUCUGCUGAGCGAGGCUUCGCGCACACGUGCUCUGGUGCUGGACUGCGGAAGGAACAUGAUUCAGCAGCUCCGCUUCGACUACGAGGAGGUGAAGCUCUGUGACUACACCUUGCACGUCUGCGAGGCAAACCUCGCAGACAAGUGUGGCUCGGCAGUUGUGCUGAGGCGAAGCCCUCAGGAACUUUGCUUGCUUUGCUUCUUGGUGCACUCCGAGCUCAUCCUCUCGAGCUCCAGUGCCUCUUUGACGGAGUUGCUGCAGAAGCACGACAUCCAGAUGCCCAAGAACUCAACGAAAGCUCAGAAGGUGAGGAGAAUCUUGGCUAUGGACAAGGUGAAAGAGGCCUGUGCUGCCAGCACCAUCGCGAAGCUGCUGGCUCGAAUGGACGAAGCAGAUGCUAAGAAGAGAAACAAAGACAAAGACAAGAACGACGAUGAUCUGGACGAGGCGGCAGAAGUCGAAUGGGAGGAGCUGCAGGAAGAUCCUGCGGCACAGGCCUGCAAGGAGCUGCUUGCAAGGCUCGACGAGGAAGAAGAAAGAGAAGAAGAAGAGAAAGAGAAGGAGGGCGAAGCAAUCCCGCAGCCGCCGGCGGAGCUGCGGGAUCGAGCCUCGCGGGCAUUGCUUUCCUCGACCGCCUCUUUGCCCGAGGCUUUGGUGCGGCAAAUGCCAAUUCCAGAUGGGGCGGCGAUGCACCAGACCAUUCAUACUGAUUCUACACUUCCGCAUUUUCAAGGAAGGUCGACUCAUGCUGCCAGCUACAACCCGGCAGUUCCUGCAGAGGAGCUGGACAAGAGGAAAUCCACCCUCAAGAGU